AUGAAUGCGACCGCGACCACCAUCGACCUAUCGGUAGAGGCCACCCCCGGGUACGUGCAUGCCGACCACCUCACGCCCGACAGCGCCGCCCUGACCUCGGACCUGCUCAACAUCAACCAUGCUGCAUACCAUACCCGAUGGGAGGCUACCUUUCACAACCAUAUCGUCCACCACCAGCUGGCUCUGUGGGCCUUGGGGGCCACUCCAGGCGAGAUCCAAGCCAUGUGGGAUUUCAACACCCCCUACCAAUCUUCCAUCCAGCGCAACGGGGCCACACUCUUGCCGGACUUCGAUCUGACCGACCCGGUCGUCUUCACCGCGUCGCUUGGAAAGGAUGAGUGCUAUGACCACUUCCUCAAGUUCUUCGAGGCCGAAGUGGCCGCCAAGGGGAUGCAAACCGUGGUCCGAGAAUACGUCCUGCAAGGGGAUGCGCGCGCCGAUGACAUCCUAGGCCGCAUGUUUUCCGAUCUCGUGCAUCCGAUGAUCCACCUGGGGUGUGGGAUCGAGUUUCACCAGCCAGCCAUCGUGGCCGAGGCCCUGGCGGGGGCCUGCGUGCAUGACAACUGGCCCAUCAAGUUCCUCAUCCCUACCGAGCAGUACGUGCGGACCGAACCCAACCUCCCGCGUCGGUCUCUGCUCGAAAUCCUCGACGCGCUUCGCCAAGACCCCGAGAUCGCGUCCGGGGUCAAAGCCUCGGAUCCGUUCAACAAAAUCCCGGACGGUUUCCUCCAGCGCAUCACGGCCGACCAGCUGGCGCCGGUGCUGGGUCAGUUCCAAGUAGCUCCAACGGACGAGGGCCUGCAGCGCGGCAUGGCGGAUCUGAUGUACACGGCAGCCUUUAUGGUAGGAGCGGCGCAGCGUCCAGGCAAGCGUGAGUCCAUUGACUUUGUGCUCUUGCACUGCUGCACCCUCGCCGUCUUCUUCCCGGCCAUCUUGGCACAGGACUGGCUGUCCAACGAACACAAGGCACGGUUACUGACGGCCACGGCACGGGUCAACGCUGUCAUGUAUGCCGGCUGCGGCAGUCCCGCGCUGGAUGCCAGCCGCGUGCUCACCUACCAGCCGCGCCAGCCGUCGACGGGGUGGCGCGAACUUUUCCAGCGCGCAGUGAUCUACCGCGAUGAAGGUCAUGCUGCCAAGCUAGUACGUGCCCUCUACAGUCUGGAAGCGCUUCCAGAACCAGCCCCAGGAUUCCCCCUAAAUAAGGGCGACUUUCUCACAAUUGCGCACAUGGUCAUGGAUUCUAUAGAAAUGGCGUUUGAGGCAGAUGGGCCCCAGGUGCCUCAGUCGGUGUCGGAGGGGAUCCGGGACCGUCUGGGUCCUGGUGCAGGAAUGGUGGUGGAUAACAUGCGGCGCUGGGUGUUUUAUGGCGGGUUGGAGGGGGCCUGGGACCGUCGGCCGGAUUUGCGUACGGUCUCUCGUUGA